CCCCCGACGAUUUUACACAAAAGCCCCUCCCCCGCCGUCUAAUUUCGUAAUCGCGCGGGCGCCUCCCCCUCUUUCCUCUCCCGGUCUCACGCGGCGGCGGCGGCGCCACUCGCCCAGAAGAAGGAAACCGGACCAGCCCGCGCCGCGCCUCGUCUCGCCUAGCGGUAGAAGGCGGCGGCUCGGCUCCAUGGAGGGGGCGAACGGCGGGGCCGGGGCGGCGGGGGAGGAGAGGAAGCCACUGUCGGAGGUGGUGGGCGACUGCGUGCAGCGCUGGUUCCAGGACGCGCUCAAGGAGGCCCGCCGCGGGGACUCCGCCAUGCAGGUGCUCGUCGCGCAGAUGUACCACUCCGGCUACGGGAUCCCCAAGAACGAGCACAAGGGAAGAGCAUGGGCUGAGAAGGCAUCUAGAUACAGGCCUUCAGUCUGGAAAGUGGGUACAAAACGCCCAGGAUAUAAUGCUAGUGACUCAGACUCUGAUGAAACAAACAAUGAUGAGAAGCAAUAACAGCGAAAGAAUCAAUUGUGAGUUUAGAUAGAAGAAUGACAGGGUAAUAAUAAAUCUGGUUGUCAAAACCCACGUCAACCUUACCAAUUUGUUGUGCAAGCUUGGGGCUUCUUUUGGUUGGAAUCUUCCAUGUGAGCAAUGAAGUAAAUUUUGUAAGACCAUUUGUAUACUUGAAACACACAAUGGAUUCAACUUCUGGCUGGAAAACAGGGUGGAAAAAGGGGUCAAUUUAUUGCUGUUUGCAGCUUACAGGUUCAUUCUUUCACACAUAACUAGUCUGAGUCUAUUUUGUGGAUUCUUGAUUGUACCAUGCUUCAGGUUCCCCACCCUGGUAAAGUGUCUUGUACUGAUCUAUGGCCUAAACCAUUGUGUUUGCCGAGUUCCAUCUUU